AUGCUAAUCUCUUGCUUUUCUUUCGAAGGAACAUUAUACGAGGCAUUUUUAUUCGCCAACGGACUAUCUGCCAAGAUAUUUGGAGCUGGACGUGGUUCGAAACAGUCGUACGAGCGAAUGUUCUGGGCUAAAAACGGGCGACGCGAUAGGCCUCCAUCUUUUCUGGAAGGUCUGACAGAUCCGCUUGGCAAGAGGGAAAAAUGUCUGAAAUCGCCAAGAUCUGGCUAG